AUGAGUGACUUAGCAAACGCAUGCAGAGCAAUAAACAACGCUGCUAGAGCCAAGAAAAGACAGGUGUUCAUCAAAUUUAUAAGCAAUGAAACCAAGCAUUUCUUAAUUGAAAUGAAAAAGCACGGAUACAUCUCGUCUCUUUCUUUUGUUCAAAGCUUAAACAAAGAGAAGGCCCUCGUUGGUCUUAAUGGACGUUUGACAAAGUGUGGAGCCAUAUGCCCAAGGUUUAUGUAUGCUGCAAAUCAGGUUUUGGAGACAGCAAAUCGCCUUAAACCAGCUAGACAGUUUGGACAUGUGCUUUUCAAUACACACAGGGGGUAUCUUGAUCAAAACGAGGCAGUACAAGCAAGAAUAGGAGGUGCCAUUAUAGGAUUUUUCUAUUAA